CAUCAGAGUACUAUCACAAUGUCAGGAAGAGGCAAAGGAGGCAAGGGACUCGGAAAAGGAGGCGCCAAGCGUCAUCGCAAGGUCCUCCGUGACAACAUCCAGGGCAUCACCAAGCCCGCUAUUCGCCGCCUUGCUCGCCGCGGUGGCGUGAAGCGUAUCUCAGGCUUAAUAUACGAAGAGACGCGUGGUGUGCUGAAGGUGUUCCUGGAGAACGUCAUCCGUGAUGCCGUGACCUACACCGAGCACGCGAAAAGGAAGACCGUGACCGCCAUGGACGUGGUCUACGCGCUGAAGCGCCAGGGACGUACUCUGUACGGCUUCGGCGGUUAAAACAUCCUCAAGAAUAUCAACUGAGGUUCAACAAAAAGGCUCUUUUAAGAGCCACCCACAUGUUACAGAGUAGAGACUUUGUUUCCAUAUUGUGGUGUUCGGUGUCUUAAUUUAGUGGAGCCUUGUGAAAUGAUUUGUAUAUC